UUCCGCCAGAAGCCGCCCGUCGUUAUAUCCGCUCCAAGAUCCAUCCAUCACGCUCACGCCACCGAUUAACCAAGGCAAGAAGGCAGAGAGAGAGAGAGUGACGCAAGAAACGCCGUAGAGCACGCCGGAGCCGUGGCUGCGCUCGCCGGCGGGGAAGAGGGGUCGCGGGUUGCGCGUCUCCAGUCGUUCUUCUCCACCGUGCUCUCGGGGUUCUUUGGCCAGGGCGAGGAGGAGAUGGCCACGCGCAACCAGAACGUCGCUGCCGCUCCGCAGCAGCAGCAGAACAGAGCGCUAGGUGGUGGUGUCCCCGCUCCGGGAAAGCAGAAGGCCGCCAUGGCUGGCAGGCCCGAGACCAACAAGCCUCGGCGGGGCGUCCUGCGCGACAUCGGCAACUUCGGCAACGUCCGCGUGCCCGAAGGGAAGCCGCAGCUCCAGGAGCCGGUGAAUGCUCACCGCCCCGUGACGAGGAACUUCGGUGCUCAACUCAUUAAGAAAGCGCAGGAGAAAGCCAAGAAUCCGGCGAGGCUGCCCAGAGUCAAGCUCGCCCCUCCUCCCGCUGAGCACGUCAUCGAGAUCAGCUCCGACUCCGACGUGAGCAAGUCGACGGAGGGCAGCGUCAGCUCCGUCCGCAAGCAAUCGAGGAAGAAGGUGAUCACCACCUUUACUUCUGUGCUUUCAGCACGCUCCAAGUACGCGGCUCGGGAAGUGAUCCAGGACAUCGACAAGCUCGACGGCGACAAUCAGCUCGCCGUCGUCGACUACAUUGAAGAUAUCUACACGUUUUACAAAGUUGCCGAGAAUGAGUGCCGCCCCUGCGACUACAUCGAAUCCCAGGUGGAGAUCAACUCCAAGAUGCGAGGCAUCCUCGCUGACUGGAUCAUCGAAGUGCAUCAAAAGUUCGAUCUCAUGCCGGAGUCCCUGUACCUUACCAUGUACAUCAUCGACCGGUACCUCUCGAUGCAGCCCGUGCUUCGGAGGGAGCUGCAGCUGGUAGGCGUCUCGGCUCUGCUGAUCGCCUGCAAGUACGAGGAGAUCUGGGCUCCUGAGGUGAACGAUUUCAUCUUGAUAUCAGACAGUGCCUACACCCGGGAGCAGAUACUGAGGAUGGAGAAGGCUAUUCUGAACAGGCUUCAAUGGAACCUGACCGUUCCUACACCAUAUGUCUUCCUUGUGCGCUUUGCAAAGGCGGCGUCCUCCUCUGAUUCGAAGAAUGAUAAGGAGCUGGAGAACAUGGUGUUCUUCUUUGCUGAGCUAGCGCUUAUGCAGUACUCGCUGGUGCUGUCCAAGCCCUCCAUGGUUGCUGCUGCUGCUGUCUACACAGCCAGGCUCACGCUUAAGAAGACACCUCUGUGGACCGACACCCUCAAGCAUCAUACUGGCUUCACUGAAUCACAGCUGCUGGACUGUGCAAAGAUCCUCGUGACCUCGCACUCGACUGCCCCUGAGAGCAAGCUGAAGGUGGUCUAUAAAAAGUACUCUAGCGAGAAGCUGGGAGGGGUUGCCCUGCGCCCACCUGCAACUGAAAUCUGCAAAUAAAGAGGAUUUCUGGGAAUCGUUUUGCUUUAGAGUGUGCAAUGGAAGGCGUGUCUGACACUGGAUUUGUUGGUUAUUUCUUGCUUUUAGAGUGCAAGGAGUGUUUAAAAACUUUGAGAUAGUUGCUACGCUGUUUGGUCACAAGUCAGGAUAUUAUCUGACUUUUGACACUACUAUUAGGAUUUCGUCUGCAGUCCCUGAACUGCCACUUGUGUGAUAAAAUACACCUUAGUAUUGGUGUAUAUAGAUGUGUUUUUCUGAAUUGUAUGGUGACAGUUCUGAAUAAGCAUGAAUGGUGAACUCCCAA